ACCAAAAAAAAGACAUGCACCUCUGCUCCGGCUCGAAUCCUCUCCUACUUGGAAUCCCGGCCCACCUUGCAAAAGACAUCGUUGGUUCUGCGGUCCUUCCGAGCCCUUUGCCGGCUCAGUUUAGCCAAAGCGAGGAUGCGGUAGGCUGCCCCCCCGCACCCUCCACCCACCACCCACCAUCCCCACCCCACCCGGCGACGUCGUUCCUCCUCACCUUCAACUUUGGGGAAUUGCCUUGUUUUGUGCGCGCGCGUGCGGAUUGCCUUGGCGUGCGUCAAGAAGCCGACGGAGACGACGUGGAGGAGAGAGAGGAGCACGGAGGGGGAGACCCGGGACGAGCCUCCAUGUUUCAGCUGCCCAUCUUGAAUUUCAGCCCCCAGCAGGUCGCCGGGGUGUGCGAGACUCUGGAGGAGAGCGGCGACGUGGGCCGCCUCGGCCGCUUCUUGUGGUCGCUGCCCGUCGCCCCGGCGGCCUGCGAGGUGCUCAACAAGAACGAGUCGGUGCUGCGGGCCCGCGCCGUGGUCGCCUUCCACACGGGCAAUUUCCGCGAACUCUACCACAUCCUGGAGAACAACAAGUUCACCAAGGAGUCGCACAGCAAGCUGCAGGCGCUGUGGCUGGAGGCGCACUACCAGGAGGCCGAGAAGCUGCGGGGACGCCCGCUGGGGCCGGUGGACAAAUACCGGGUCAGGAAGAAGUUCCCGCUGCCCAGAACCAUUUGGGACGGCGAGCAGAAAACCCACUGCUUCAAGGAGAGGACCAGGCACUUGUUACGAGAAUGGUACUUGCAGGACCCCUACCCGAAUCCCAGCAAAAAACGGGAGCUUGCACAGGCUACUGGACUUACGCCCACACAAGUAGGAAACUGGUUCAAAAACCGAAGACAAAGAGACAGAGCUGCGGCUGCCAAAAACAGGCUCCAGCAGCAGGUCCUGUCCGGCGGCUCCGUUCGCUCCCUGGCCGACGACGACGGCACCGUGGACCGUCUGGGCAACGCGUCCAGUCCGGAGGCGAGCCGGUCCAGCAAAGCGGCGGCCUCGGCCAUCUCCAUCACCUCCAGCGACAGUGAAUGUGACAUCUGAGCGCUCUCCGGCUCAACUCUUGAUGAAUGGAAGGAAGGAGGGGGGGGGGGGGGGAGAAAAAGAAAAAAAAGAAGAAGAAGAGGAAGAAGAGGCGAUUCCUAUAGUGACAGACAAUCGAAUACAACGACUCGUAGUGCCUGCGUUGAGUUACACACACAUGUACACGUUCUCACACACACACGCGCGUGUACACAAGGACAUUUGAUGCCUGCCAAAAAAACACGCAAGGAUCUGUGAGGCCCAUACCUCGAUUUGCAUUUGACCCACGCGUGGAUAACCGAUCCUAAACACACACACAAGACUGAUGAGAACUCCCCACUGAGAUGAGAAAAAAAAAAAAAGGAAGGAAUGGCGAGCGCCUGUAUAGCCGACUGUUUAUCCGUGGCUAUUUCAUGUCGCGAAACAACAACUGUGCUUUCAAAAGUUUUAUGAAUAAUGUUUAUUUGCCUAUUUAAACCCAUCCGCUCUGUCUUUUGGAUUUCAUCUUCAUUCGC